AUGCCUUGGAGCCAGAAAGGCACUUUGCAUAUGCCAAAAUCCCGGAAAAGACACGAAGGAGCUAACCCUUCCAACGCUACCAGUAACUUGCUUGUGGUUGCAACCUAUUCGGGCUCCUUGUACACAUAUAGAGUCAACUUUGAAAAUGGAGGCGAAUGUGAGCUGAUCAAGCGUCAACAGUAUGUGCAUUAG